CUGGGAAGUGAUAUCCAUAAGUGUUCAAUUAACUAUAAAAGGAAGGUAUAAAAUGAACUGACAGUGUAGAUAGCGGUUAGGUUCGUGUGGCCUGUAACGGUAAAAUAACCGGAGCUAGCAAUCUGGCCUAGCAAAAGAUAACGCCUACAUUGUUAGUAAUGCUGUUGUUGAAUGUUUGCCUUUUGAUGUCAAGUGUUAGCAGGAUGCUGAAGCUAACAGGUCGCUAAUAACCAAGUGUGUGAAAAUGCGCAUUAAGUGACCGACGGGAAGCGGUUUUUGUCCCCGAGUUUAUGUGUGAGCUUUGUUAAUUACAAUCUAAAGCCAUUUGCCCCUGGGUGCAUGAGAAAGACUCCCAUCAGAAGAGUCCGUCCGUGAGAGGAGAGCUAACAAUAGCUAACACCGUCUUAUCUAUACAGAUGUGUCACUUGCAUCAAACGAGCUUUCCAACCUGCACAGCAUUCUUUGAGUCUUGGUUUUGAGUUCCUUUCCCGGGUUCAGAGGUUGUACACUGGCUGUCUCAUUUUCUAUCUGUAAUGGACAUGGAUGGGAAAGUAUCAGAUGUUUCAGUUGAGGAAAAUCAGCAGUACUGCAAUGUGAAACUCGAUUUCUUGCCAAACGUAAUCACUAUGUAGGACAGAUCCCUCCGAGUGUCGUGCGGCUUUAAUCCAACACAUGGUAACUGUGGGUUCACAGUAUCUUAUCACACCAGUAUUACUAAUGCCUUAUCAUCUAAGCAGUAGGCUGUUCGAUGCUGUAGUUGGUGGUGAUGGAGCUCCCUUUAUAUAGUUUGGAUAAUUCUAGAAUGAUGCAUUACUCUUGACAUGGGGAGUAAAAUGUCCUUCGGCAGAGGAAGCAGUGACCAAAAUACUGUCUCUGAGUUAACUUCUGCGGCAUCACUUCCGUGCAAUUCUGUUCACACCCCUUCGGACUGCAAGCAGAUACCUGAAGACAAGAGAUGUGCUGAGGAAGAUCAGGACCCCAGAUGGGAAAAGGAAGUGAAGGAAACAGAGGGAACUCAACCUGCACCUGAAUCCUAUUCUUUGGGGCAUGCAGAAUCUGAUGGCCCUGUUCACUCUGAAACAGUGGCUGGAACAAAUUGCCAAGACAGUGAGCACGUAUUGCCACCGGUAGGGAUGGAAGGAGAAUCUCAAAUGACAUCUGCAAGCCUGUGCAGCUCUACGACAGACUGUCAUGGACAGCCUGUUGAUGGCCGCAGAAAACGUGGGCGCCCCCGUAAAGUAAAAACCUUGUUGACUGAUGACAAAGAGUCGGCUGGUCUUAACGCCGUUCAGCAUAAGGAGAUCAGCACGACAAUACCCCCGCCAACAUGCUUAGCGAACCAUAGCAGUGAUAAUGUGCCUAACAAUGUAGAUGGUCCCUUAAUCAAUGCUUCACCUCACAAUGAGGGUGUUCCUGUGCUGCCAAAAAGGAGAAGAGGAAGACCAAAAAAAUCUGAAAUUGAAGCUUUUAAAGCUAUGGUUGCUUCUGCUAAUGCUAAUAAGUUUAGCAAUUGUUCUUGGAGACUGAGAAGCAGAAGUGAACAACAACCUUCAACACAGGAUGGAAAGACUGAAUUUGAUAGCAAGGAAGACCCCAAGCAGGCUGAAAUCAUGUCUCAGCACAGUAAUGAGACAUUAUGCCUUCUGGGUUUUAAAAGAAGAAGGGCUAAACCGGCUAAUCAGCAAGUUCCAGCAAAAGUUUCCAGACUGGAUGUUUCCCAGGAGGCCUCGUCAGUGUUGAGAAAUGACACAGGCUGUGGGGAGAGAGCAGAGACGAAUAAGCAGGUGGAGCUGAACAUGGACAAACAAGACACUGAUACAGAUGGAAAGAAUGAUCAACUCUCUCUACAGUCUGUAAACGGACAGGAGCAGCCAACAGAGUUAAAGGAAGGUGAACUGACACAAAUACAAAUUAGCUCCCAGCCAGUUGCCGAGCCUGAAGUUAUUCCUCCAGAGUGUUUGAACAGUUUAAACCUAGUUAGCCCUGCUCAGAAUGAUGACCCUAAAAUACAGCCGUCAGGUCAAAUGAAUGGCAGUGAAGAGUCCCAAUCAAAAACCAGUCUUGAAUCUCCAAAGAACACAGACUUGCAGAAUAAGGAGCCUACCAGCACAGAUAUCAUAACAUUCUCUGAAAAAAAACAACCUGAAACUGCUGAGGUCCUCCCUGCUGUCAAAGAUGAAGAUAUAGAGAUUGAGCUGGAUCAUUUAAAACCUCUGUCAGAGUCUAAUAGUCCUCCAUCUUUACAGUAUAACAGUAACACCCCAGUUACAUCUGAGGGUCCACAGGGUCAGCGAAGUGUUUUCAGGCGUAAGCGAGGCGGCAAGAGAAGGAGGAGAAUAAGUAGUGUUCCUUUACAGAAAGUACAUCCUGUAGAGGGCCAUGAAGGCAACGCUGACACUCAGCAAAAAACAGACUGUGCUGACGCAACACAGGAGGGCAACUUAAAUGACAAUGUGAAUAUCGUCUACACUAAGAAAGGGGGAAGAAAUUUGUUGAAAUGUGGUUACUGUGAUCAAACAUUUAGAUUUCUGUCCCAGUUCAUCAUCCAUCAACGCGUUCACACAGGAGAAAGACCUUUCAAAUGCCCUGAAUGUGGCAAAGGUUUUAGCAAAAAUUCAAACUUAAAUCUUCAUCUCAAGACACACAGAAAGAGCAACAUAUACCAGAAAUGUCAGUUUUGCAAGAUCAAAUUCUCUUGCUCUGAGUACGCCUCCCAUAUGAAGAUGCAUGAACAGGUGCCAGUACAGGACUUUGAAAACAACAUCUCUGAAAAACACAGCAUAGAAAACUACGUUGAAAACACUCAACACACUCAACGUCAUCGAACGGUUUCCCCAGAAAAGAAGGAGAGAAAAGAGUGCCAGUACUGUGGUAAAACAUUUCGGUUUCAGUCUGCCCUUGUACGACACGUGCGUGUCCACACCGGAGAGAAGCCUUACAAAUGCGAUAUAUGUGGCAAAGCUUUCGGUCAGGCCUAUUUCCUCCGUGUUCACGAGCUGACGCACUGGUCCGUGAAGCGCUACAACUGCACACGUUGUGAAAAGUCAUUCACUCAUUAUAGCAAUGCAAAAAAUCACACUUGUAGACCUUCAGAAGGUGGUGAUGAUUUACACGGCAGCAGACGCGUAAGGCCUUCGCUAACGUAUACGUGCCACAUCUGCAAGAACAUUUUUGACCAUCUACAGGAGUUCAACAGCCACAUGAGAGACCACACUGGUGCAAAACUUUAUCGCUGCUUGUAUUGUGACAAGCUGUUUGGCGUACUGGCUGAAUUUAGCUCCCAUCGCUCUCAGUGCAUUGGGGUGAGAAACGCCUCCAGCUCUGAGAUCAAAGAUGAAGAGACCAUGUCAUUAAUAAAUUACACAGUGCCUGCACUUAGGUGUUCAUCAGGACAGAACUCAACUUCUCCCAUCUCCACCGCAAAUUGUGAAAAACCGAAAAAAACAUCGCAAACCAGCCGCAAGAAGCGCUCGGGGAACUUGAAUAAACCGUUCCAGUCGACUGUCAUACCGGCUCACCCUCUCUCACACCUUGUGUCAAAGCUAAACAAACUAGAUACCCGUUCAGAUCCCAGGAAGUAUUUAUGUCCGAGCUGUGGGCGGCUGUUCAGACACAUGGGAAGACUGCGAGCCCACAUGCUCACUCACGCGCGAGGUCAAAGUUACACCUGUGCCUGUUGUGGAAAGACUCUAGAAAGCUGGAAGAAACUGUGGCAUCAUCAGAGAGUCCAUCGACAGAGACGCGGUCGCUUCACUUGUCCUCGGUGCGGGCAGGGUUUUCGUUUUGUAGAGCCAUACAAGAAACACAUGAGCGAGCACCCUGACUUCGAGUGGAUUCAGGUCAGGCCCAAGAAAAUGUUUUUGCCUUAUCAGUGUGAGCAGUGCAGAAGCAGUUUUAAGACUCUGGAUUUGCUGUUCAGCCACCAGCUUUGUCAUUCCUCAGCACAAGACGUGCUGAAGGACUCUGAUUUUGAUUUAUCCACAGAUGACCUAACCCCACAGCCUAACAAGAACAUGUUUAGCCCUCCCACGAACAACCACAUGGUGACUUUAUGUCUCGAACCCGAGAAAAGCAACUCUCACCCGAGCCCUUUAUCCAAAUAUUCAGACCCAGUUCCUCAAGGGUCGCCUUUAGCCCCCAUGAUUUCCCUUGUCCACAACCAGGGUCAUGAUUUGAGUAAAAUAUCGCAUUGCCCAGGCAGCACACACCCGAUCCAAGAUAGAGAGGUCAAAUGUGAUAAAAUAAAUGAAAGUACACUUGGAAAACCCAUUACCCACUCGCAAACUGUGAAAAGGCACGUCACUAAAAUGCCUAGCCUGUCAAAUGGAGGGUCUUCAAAUGUGGUUAGGUGUGCUGUGUGUAAUAAAGCAUUUGCUGCCAUUUCAGAACUUUAUCAACAUUAUUUGCAGCAUGCAAGAGGCCAAGUGUAAGGAGUGGAGAAUUUGUGCCCCUUCUACAUGUACUUCAGCUGUUUUCAUCAACACAGGGCUCCUGUAGUCUGAGAACAGAACAUGUAGAAACAUUGCUCGACACUCACCUGUGUCUCAUAGGAUUUGGAAGAUUUGACAACAGUCAUAUCUUCAACCACUCGCAUGUCAGUUUUCAGAUUGCAAGUGAACACAAUUCACAAAGUAUUAGUUGUUUUCAAGGACUUACUGUUUUCAAGGACGUUCAUUAGAGAACUUGAGGUAGAAGCCACUAUCUUUUAUGUAGUGUCUGCAAUUACAUGUCUGUCUUAUCAGAGAGAAAAGAAGAGAUAGAUAGGAUGUUUUAAAAUUGAUACAAGUCGUGCCAAACUGGACUGCAAGGCCUCAUCAGCCCAAAUAUUUAGUACUUUUAGUGCAUUCAUAUCGAACCAGAAGCAGCCCUGGGACAAUGUAACCAACGAAGCAAAGUAAAGACAUACUGCUGUGUGUAAAUUAAUAUUGAAUUAUAAUUAUGGAAAAUAAGUACAAUAAUUUGCAAGUAAAAAAACACCUUUGUCUGAAUUACAAACAAAUUGACAUUUUUUGUCCGUACUUGUUUACUCUGCAAUCUCUUGGCAAUUUUAUGUCUACACAUUCAGCACACUGGGAUCAGAGGGUUGAACAAAUUCAUUUAUAAACUAUUUAUGUGAAAGAACUGACAAAGAUUUUUUUGUGUGUGUGCAGAUACUUCAUCCACAUUUGAUAACACAUCUCAAUACUGAACAGGACGACCAAUUAAUUAUCUGUAUAGUUUUACAAAUUUCAAACGGUCUCACCUCAUCUUGAUAUCUCUUUGUGUAUUUCAAGUCAUGCAGGUUGUUUCUUGAUGUAUGAAAGUGAUGCUGUUCCUCAAAAGGUUUCAGAGGAAGUGCUCUCUUGACUGACUUUGUUUUGUUCUGGUCUCCAACAAAAGAUGUGUAUCAGCAUUUUGUAUUUAAGAUUUUAAAGUGAAUAUUGGCUUUUCUCACGCACAUGUUUGUCAAAGAGUUACCUCUUUUUGUGGAUUUAUGUGUAAUAUGAUGGUUGAAAUCAACUUAAUUUUCCUCUUCAACAAAACAAACAAAAAAAAAAACAGCUGACAAACGCACAUUUCCCACCUGUAACACUAAGUGCAACAGGAGUGUGGUUGAACAUCCGUAACUGUUUACUUCUUUUUGAAGAACUGCAUUUUCAUGCUUCAGUGUCAGGCUUGAUUUUGGUGCAAUCAUGAAAUAAUUACACUUCAAAAGACAUUUUCCAUGUGGACACCCUGCUUUGUUGUAAAUGACUUUAUGCUAUAGUUUGUCUUAAAACCAAUAAAGGUCACUUUUGUAUGCAUUC